AUGACGCGCGUUGCGGUGCGUACCUUGCGCACCGCACCGACCGCGGCGGCAGGGACGGGUGCCACCGCGCCGUUGCCGGACCAGCCGUCGGUGCUAGCACGUGUAGAGCGCAUGUAUGCCUAUACGCUGUGGAUGGGCGAGGCACAUACGCCCCUCCAGUGCUUUGCCAAGGCCCUCGUCUCGCUGGAUGGCCCCCUUGACGCCUACCUUCCCUUGCUUCAGACCCCUACGCAACUCCGCGAAAAGUACCAUGGAUCGUACCGAGAUACCAUUAUGUCCAUGCUGGAUCAUCCCACGACGGAGUCUGUGCCGGAUGUACAGGGCCGGGCAAUGCACGCUGCCAUUCAACAUGGCCCCUUCUUCACCGCCGCCCAUUCGCUCGAUCAUCGCGCUACGGCUGUACGGGUAUUUCUAAGUGCGAUACAGUGUAGAGAGGUGGAACUGCAGCUGAUCCUCGUCGCAUGGAUGCUAACACAAACGCCAUCCUCAUCUUCGUCGUCGGCCGUGCCAUCGUCGGCCGUAUCGACAGGGCGCAGCUCGUCCAAACGCAAGGCCAGCCGGACGCACCGCUGGCCAGGUAUACCCACGCCCUUUGCCUGGGGCGCCACAGCUCCUCGUACAUCGCCGCCUACCAAGCGGCAAGAACUGGCUAUUGCCGCCGACUACGCGUCUCUAUCAGCGCUGUUUGAAGCGUUAGCGGACCAGCUCUGCCUCCUUCAAUUUUCCUCCACACUAGCCGAGUCUGCUACCUUGUAUGGAUCUCAAUCACGUUGGCGAUCACAUCACGAUCAACGUGAUGAGGCACAGUGGUUCUGUGCGGAUGUCAUGGAACCUGUAUUCCAGCCGCAACUGUCCAUGUUUUGCACGACUCUGCGUACGAAAUGCUUCGGGCCUGGCCCCGCAACGACGCCCGUACGCCGCCGCCGUAUGAAACGAACUGUAUCAGCGCCUAGCAAGCCUACGCGUACCACUGAACCCAAGCUGGCAUUGGGCACAAUGCUCUCUGCAGAGCAUGCCGACCGACGUCGCAGCCUUUCCGGUCAAACGCGGACGCCGACCGAAGUCCACAUGUCACGUCGCCUCGUGCGUACACAUAGCACCACAUCGGUGCCUACGCCUAGCCUGACGUCGACAGAGCCAACGCCAAGCGCGACGGCACCAUCUUCCACGCUAUCCCACAAGCGCAAACGACCCGCCAGUCGGUGGGCUGGCGCGCCGAUCCAGACGCUUGUCAUGGCGACGCCAGAGCAUACGCGCAUCGUGCCGAAUAUACCUAUUAUACCAGAGGAUGUGUCGCCCAGCUCUUCGCCGCCCAUGUCGCCCAGCCUGGACCGCAAACCGGUGGCGGCGCAGGCCGUCUCCGAGCCGAGCGACUCGGAUGUGGAGCUCAUCAUCCCGGCCGCUCAAAAAUCGGCGCGUAUGCAACGCGAUCCUUGGGCCUAUGUACGGUACUAA